ACACACACACUCACUCAACACUCACACAGUCACUCAACACACACACACCCUCCUCCAGCCAACCCUGCCAUGGCCACCUCCACCAUGUCUGUCUGCUCUGACGCUUGCACCAACUCCUCCUGGCAGGUGGAUGACUGCCCAGAGAGCUGCUGUGAGCCCUGCUGCUGUGCCCCCAGCUGCUGCCAGUCUAGCUGCUGCCAGCCCAGCUGCUGUGUCCCCAGCUGCUGUGCCCCAGCCCCCUGCCUGACCCUUGUCUGCACCCCAGUGAGCUGUGUGUCCAGCCCCUGCUGCCAAUUUUCCUGCUGCACACCGUCAUGCUGCCAGCAGUCUAGCUGCCAGCCAGCUUGCUGUACCUGCUCCCCUUGCCAACAGCCCUGCUGUGUGACCCUUUGCUGCAAACCUGUCUGCUGUGUGCCAGUCUGCUGUGGCGCUUCCUCCUCAUGCUGCCAGCAGUCUAGCUGUGAGUCCUCUUGCUGCACCUCUUCUCCCUGCCAGCAGCCCUGCUGUGAACCUAUCUGUUGUGAGCCUUUGUGUUGUGAACCUGUCUGUUGUACACCCAUCUGCCCUGGACCAUGCUGCCAGCAGUCUAGCUGCCAGUCCUCAUGCUGUCAAUCCCCCUGCUGUGUGCCUGUCUGCUGCAAGCCUGUUUGCUGCACACCCAUCUGCUCUGGCUCCUCCUCCUGCUGCCAGCCCUCCUGCUGUGCUCCAGUCUGCUGCAAGCCCUGCUCCAGUGUGUCCCUGCUGUGCCGCCCAGUGUGCAGACCUGCCUGCUGUGUGCCCACCUCCUCCUGCUGUGCCUCCUCCUGCCAACCCAGCUGCUGCUGUCCAACCUCCAGUGUGUCCCUGCUGUGCCGCCCUGCCUGCUCCAGACAGGCCUGCUGUGGACAGAAGUCCAGCUGCUGAUCCCAAGUCCUCCUCUGGGGUAUUAUCCAAUGCAGGCUGCUCUCCCCCUCACCCUGCUCCUGCUAGCUCUAGCCAUUCCCACCCUCUAGCCUUGACCACAGAAGACUAGCCAUGGCUACCCAGCCGGUGGUUGGCCUCUGAGCCCUUCUC